AUGGACUAAUAAAUUGCACUUUAUCUGAAAAUGAUUUCCUAUUAUGAACAGAAAUUAUAAACGAUCAAAUAAACUCUAUACUCUAAUAAUAUUGACAAUAUACAUCGAUCUUUUGAGUUGCUGUCGAAUAGCGAAGAUACUAUUACUAAAAAUAAUUUGUUAAACUUUUUUGUUUAGAAUCUCUAACCUAUAAAUUACAAAGAUAUUAUUGAAUUUAUAUGGUUCAUAGGUGACAAAGAUAGAUUCACUAUCAGCAAAUAACAAUUUCAGAAUUACUUAACGAAACUUUUAUUACACAAGUCAAACACUAUAAUUGAUCAUACGAAUAGUGACCUUUAAGUUCAGCUCCUAAAACUCCUCAUCCAAUAAAUAAGAGUGAUCAAACAAAUCAAGGAUAGCAAAUUGUAAAUAAUUAACAAUGAGGAGUUCAAUAUAUUAAAAAUCUUUUAAAAUCUUAGUGGCAAUAAUGAAACCAUUAAUUGUGCUAGUCUUAUGAAUUAUAUGAAAAACAAUAAAGUUCAAUUUAACAACUUUGAUUUUGAUUUACUCACAUUUGCUACAUUUGGUAAGAAAUGUAAUAUAAGUUUCGAUCAAUUUUAAGAAAGUUCUUUGUUUUCAAUCAACAUAUCAAAUAAAUAGUAUAUUAAAUCAAGAGAAAUACCAGAAGAAAAAUAGAUGACUCAUUCUUACAUCGUUAAUCUAAGCAAAUCCAUAAUCCAAUAAUAAUAAUUAAUGCCAGUUAGUGAAGCAAGCAGUAUUAUUGAAUUCAAAGCAUCAGAACUCAAACCAAAAACUAAAAGAUAUUAAGAAUAAACUAAUGUACCAAGACCAUAUUGA